AUGGAUGGCAUCGACCCGGUCGAGGACCCCAACGCCCCUAAUGGGAAUCCCCAGGGGACCCAACCCACAGAGUCUGGCCCCGCCAGGUCAGCAGGUCCUGCCCCGUUGCGCACUCGAGCCGACUCACGGACGCGACGACCCAGUAUUCGCCUGUCUCGCUUCCCAUCUAUCCCUUCAAUAGACACCGUUACUCAACCGUCUCAACCCGAGGGUCAAGGUCAACCACCGUCUUUCAAGCCGCAGCCCAUCAGAUCCCCUGCCCCCAACGAAGAGGACGAAGCAUGGCUGGCAAACCGACGGCGCAGCAACUCGGAGCCAAAUCUGGGACGAUGGUCAUCUCCCCCUCCCGAUGUCCUCGCACGAGUGGCGACUCCCAUGCGAAUGAUGGCUGUGACCGAGGAAUCCUCACACCAAAGUCCGGCACUCCCAUCUCCAGCGGCAAUAUUGCCUGGUCGAGAGACUUAUUCCGACUGUGAACCUGAUCUGGAGCAAGGCGAGACCUAUCCCCAACUAGCGCGACCGGCGGGUCGGCUUCGGCGAACUAGCCAAGCUGCGUUGAAUCGCCUAACUCGAAACCGCGCAUCCACGGUGACGGGAGCUGCACCGACUCUAGACACACAGGAGGAGCAACGACAGAAUGAGUAUGGAUCCCACGUGGUCGACGUGCUGGACGUGAUCGACCCCGAGGUCUCUGCACUUUCUACUCUCACCAAUGUCCAAAACUCUCUCUUUGUGCCGAACCUGGGUGGGUUCAUCAAUCGCAUGCCCACCUAUACGAUCACACGGCCACAAUAUUCCUCGGAUGAAGAACAUGGAAUUACAACCGACGAAAAUGAACCACCCGAGGGCGACAAAACCAAACAGCGGCCGCCUUUAGAACAACUCCAAUCAUUCACGAGUAUGUCCUCGGCGUUGCGAGGCCCCAAGUAUGCCGUUCUCCCAGAAGGACAAGGACUUGAUGGAUGGACCAGAGAAGACUACGCCGAACUCAAUGAUCAUGUUCGACAUAUGCUUCACUCUCGGCGAUCCAAGUUCAAACGGUCCAUGAAAGGGUUUAGGCAGUACGUACGGAAGCCCCUCGGCUUUCUUGUAACUCUCUACGCAACUUUGAUCACCCUGUUCGGUCUGGCCUGGGUUCUUUUCUUGAUUGGUUGGAUCAAUGUUGGUGGAAGACAAAGUUAUGUUAUUAAUGUCAUUGAUAACGUUUUGGUUGCCCUGUUCGCCAUCAUGGGUGAUGGACUAGCUCCUUUCCGCGCUGUGGAUACAUAUCAUAUGGGUUUCAUUGCCCAUUAUACAUUCUUGUCGUGGAAGGUUCGUCGGAAGCGGGCCCUGCCAGGCCUCAAGGACAAAAAUGAUCUUCCAUCGAAGCCGGAGAAGGACGUCGACAUUGAAUUUGGCGACAUGGUCAGGGAAGACGAACACGAAUUCUCUGUCCUCGAUGCUCGCCAACAGUUGCGAUUGAUGCAUCACCAAAAUAAGUUCGCGAAAUCGCAUACUUUCUAUAAGCCGCACGAAACCAUGACCCACCACGCCUUCCCUCUACGCUUGCUUAUCGCUAUUGUCGUCAUCCUCGACUGUCAUUCUAUACUCCAAAUGGCUCUUGGUGCCUGUACCUGGAGUAUGGAGGACCCUGAGAAGCGGCCAUUCGCUCUGACGACGGUUAUUCUUUGUUGCUCCAUCACCUGUAACAUCAUGGGCGGCGUGAUGAUCAUGAUUGGUGAUCGGCGAACCCGAAAGAAGGAUGUUGUUGAACGGCUCUUCCGCCAACAGCUGACCCAAGAAGCGAUGAAGAAGAUGGAAAAGAGGAAGAUCAAGGACGAGCGCCGCAGUGCUCAGAUUGAGCGGUCGAGUGCGCAGAUUGAGCGGCCGAGUGCUCAUAUUGACCGCUCAGUACCGUAUGGCGGCACCUGA